AUGAAGGAUGCAAAAGAUAUCAAGAUGAGUGGGGAUGUAGCGGAUUCCACGGAUGCUCGAAGUGCCCUCAGCCAGGUGGAGACAGCCGAACACCCCGAGGAAUUUGCUGCUAUCAGUCACUUCACAUUUAGAAGCGGGAGGUCAGCAGUGCCCCUCAACCAGUUUGGAGGGCAAUUGAUCCGGGAAGCAGAUGAAAGGAUUAAAACUGAGGACCUCAGCGACUCCCUGCAGCAGACCCUCUCGCAUCGGCCAUGUCACCUGAGUCAAGGACCCGCCAUGAUGUCUGGAAACCAAAUGUCUGGGGACAUGACCCCCCUCCAUCCACUCCAGCAGCUCGUGCUGGUUCCUGGCCACCUACAGUCCGUGUCCCAGUUCCUCCUCUCUCAGACCCAGUCUGGGCAACCAGGUCUGCAGCCAAAUCUUCUCCCCUUUCCACAGCAACAAAGCUCUCUCCUCCUCCCGCAGACUGGGCCUGGCCUGGCCUCCCAGGCAAUUGGGCGCCCCGGGCUGCCAGGAUCUUCUUUAGAACCCCAUCUAGAAGCGUCCCCACAUCUCCCUGUGACAAAGCAUCUACCCAGCUCUUCAGGGGCCGAUGAGCCCAGUGACCUGGAAGAGUUGGAGAAAUUUGCCAAGACCUUCAAGCAGAGGCGCAUUAAGCUGGGCUUCACACAGGGAGAUGUGGGGCUGGCAAUGGGAAAACUAUACGGGAAUGACUUCAGCCAGACCACCAUCUCGCGAUUUGAGGCCCUCAAUCUGAGCUUCAAGAACAUGUGCAAGCUCAAGCCCCUGCUGGAGAAGUGGUUGCACGAUGCAGAAACCUCUCCAUCAGACCCCUCGGGGAGCACCCCCAGCUCUUUCCCCACCCUCAGUGAAGUGUUCGGUAGGAAGAGGAAGAAACGGACCAGCAUCGAGACCAAUAUCCGCCUGACUCUGGAGAAGAGAUUUCAAGAUAACCCCAAACCCAGCUCAGAAGAGAUCUCCAUGAUUGCGGAGCAGUUGUCCAUGGAGAAGGAGGUGGUGAGGGUCUGGUUCUGCAAUCGACGUCAGAAGGAGAAGCGAAUCAACUGCCCCAUGUCCGCACCCAUCAAACCUCCCAUCUACAACUCCCGCUUGGUCUCUCCCUCUGGGUCUCUGGGCCCCCUCUCUGUCCCUCCUGUCCACAACACCAUGUCUGCAACAGUAACGUCAUCCUGUUCCCCUGGGAACAGCAGCGGACCUUCAUCUCCUGGCUCCGGACUCCACGCCAACAGCCCCACUGCAUCUCAAAAUAACUCCAAAGCAGCAGUGAGCGCCUCCGGUUUUAACUCUUCGGGAUCUUGGUACCGAUGGAAUCAUCCCACCUACCUCCACUGAGACCAAAAAGUUUCUCCUAAUCCACCUGGCCCUGUAUUCCCCACCGGAAGGAAGGGAAUCAUACCUUCUGUGUAUGGACAGAUUACUGUCAGAAGAGUGAAAGAGAACCCCACUAUCGACCCAAACUCUUGCUUCUUCAGGAGUGAGGGCCUCCAGAGAUCUAAACUGUGAUUGAACCAUGUGCUGACUCUCAGUGCUCUUGAAACAUAUGGGCCCCCCCCUCACUGUUUACCUUUUUUACCUUCCUUCCCUGUGCUCCCAUCUUCCAGUUCUAAAUAUUUCAGACAGCUUAGCUGUGGCAGUAGUCUUCUGGAGAAAGGACAUCUUGCCAUUAUUUUCCAACGCAUCCGUGGGACUCUCAGGGACAACCAAAGUUUGCCUGGUGUGCCAAACAACCCGAAAGAGAGAUGACGGUUUUGACCCCAAACUUAGCCACCGCCUCCGAACCGAUU